CUUAUAAGAGUCAUUUGUUUAGGAAUCAGAAGCUCAAUAUGCAGCCAGACUGAAUGAUGUGGUGUUUUCGCAUUAUAUUGCAUUUAUUUUGCAGUCUCUAUACUUUAACGUUUGAUUCAGACUCCAUUUGUUUUAGUGCUCAGCACUCGUGAUUCAUGCAGUCCAAGGUGGUUUGGAUGCUCUGUCUAGGCACACCCUUUCUUUCUAUUAAAAACAUACCACGUUACAACUUGAAGUCUGUCCUAUUAAUCCCGAAGAAAGAAAUGGUGGCAGAGAGAGAGGAAGUGGUAGAGAGAGGAUGGAGUCAGAAAUGCCACGCUGGCAGGAAGUCUCUGCUUUCUGGCUCUCUGCCAGAGAGAAUGAUAGAAAGGGGGAUGAGGCAGGGGUCACGUUUGAGGCCAGCAGAGAAAGGAAAAGAGCAAGGGACAAAAGCCUGUUUGCAGUGAGACAGGAUAGUUAAUAUAUGCUAGACUAAAGUGACACUGUAAAGAGAUAUAGAGGCUGCAUGGACAAAAACAUGCAUGGAAGACAUUGUGUCUGACGCAUUCAAUGACAUUAUUAAAGAUAUAAUGCAUCCUCCGAGAUUCACACGGAUUCUUUUGAUGUCUAGUGGUCUCAAUAUGGGUAUUCAGUCUUCAUAUGCUUUCACACAAUUGUCCUCUGUUUUCCCAAACACUAUCCACUUCCUCUCGCACAGUUCUUUUUUUUCCCCCUCAUUCAUCCUCCUCCCUCAGUACAACAGUAAUGACCUCACUUACAGACGCUCACAUUGGCUGCACUCUUGAUCUGAGAGGCGGAUCAAGGUUUUUGAUUGGCCAGACGCUGGGGAUUCCUUAUCACACUCCUCCUUUUUUAUUAUCAUAGGAAAACAUAAGUAUCCAAUUUCCAUGUUCUUGCAUGCCGGUUGCAUCAGGCAAAAACACAGUUAAAUAGCAAGUUCCACCGCCGGAGCACUUCGCUUGCUUCUGGACAUCGCCUUAGGACAACCUCAGUGCCUUAGGAGAGUGCCAUCAUAGUUUUUGCAGUUUGAGAAGAUAGUAUAGUUCAGAUAUCUAGUUUUGCAAGAGACUGUUUCAUUGCAUUUUUUUGAAUUAAAAAAAAAAAAUUGCCUGAGUGCAUUUUUUGAUGCACCAAUAUUUUUUGUAGAUUUUUUUUUUUUUUUUUUUCAUUUCAUUUGCAAGUGACAGAAUAUGUUCAUUAGUUUGAAUUCUACAAACAAUACAACAGUUACUGUCAUUUUGAGUCAGGAAAAGCUCGAAACCUUUAGAUUCCACCGUCCUAAAACAGAGUUAAAAACCGGUCGAGAACGAGGAAGAAAAAAUGUUACUUAACUUUAAGCGUCCCUCAAUUGUUGCCGACAAGGACAAAAGUAACUGCGUCUUUGGAGCAGUUGCCUUUUAUAUGAAGCACCUUGGUGUCAAGACCAGAGCACUUGACAACAAGAAGACAAAGUCAGGAUGGCGGCCCUCUGUCCCUUCCAUGCUGAAGCCAUGGGGAACCAACAAACUCAACAAACCCGACAAAAAAACAGAACAAUUCUAUGAUGGUAAGCAAACUAGAUUGGACUUUGAAGUAAAGCAACACAAACCAAAUGUCCCACCUAUUCGAGGGUCCAUAAGCGAAAGCAGCGCCACUUCAGGGCGGAAAACUGCUGUGGCAAUGUCAGGUAGCACACAUGGCUCAGAGAGUGAAGAGUUGACCGUCAGCGUCAGUGUGACUCCUAGUCCCGACUCUCAGAGUGACACAGGUGUCAACAACAAUCGCUCAGACCCCAAACCAGAAGGUGGAGAUGCAUCUCCUGUCAGUACUGGUGGGAGUCUCUCCAUCUGUGAGCCUCUCUCUGUCAUUGACAUGCCUCCAGAUGACAGUCAGGACAAUGGCAGAAAGAAGCCAAGGAAUGUGCGCCGCAGCGAGAGCCUUUGCGUGGAGCGCCGUCACUCUCGCCGUAGUGGCUCUACCCGGGCCAAGCAGUCUCGCUCCCGUAGCGACGUGGACCUGCAGUCAACCUCUACCUCUCACCCCCUCUCACCCUCCCCACAGCAUUCAGUCUCUUCGGAAGGUGGAUUGUUGCCUGACAGCCUCGUCACUGGUCCGGAUUUUGGCCCUUUCCCUCAGCAGGAGGAAAUGGAGCCCCGUCUCCUUGAGCUCGAGCAGGACCCGCCCAACUGGAGGGGCCUUGCUUCUCACGAGGACCUGAAAAAACUGAACAAGAAGGAAAUCAAAAGACAAGAAGUCAUCAAUGAGCUGUUUACGACAGAGCACGCUCAUGUUCGUAUGCUGAGUGUAUUGCAGACUGUUUUCUCUCGUCCGCUGGAGAAGGAAGAGAUUAUGAGCAUAACUGAGCUGGCCACCAUCUUCCCCAACCUGGAUGAGAUCAUAGAGAUGCACUAUGCUUUCUAUGAGAACCUGAAAAAACUGCGGCAGGAGGAUGAGUACAUUGUCAAAAUCAUAAGCACGCCACUUCUCAACAGGUUCAGUGGAUCAGAAGGAGAAUGGUUUCAGAAGCUCACCGCACGCUUCUGUAGCCACCAGUCCUGGGCUCUGGAACAGAUAAAGAGCAAACAGAAGAAGGAUGCCCGUUUUAAUGCUUUCAUACUGGAGGCAGAGAGUAAGCCACAGUGUCGGAGGCUACAGCUGAAGGAUAUCAUUCCCAUAGAGAUGCAAAGACUAACCAAGUAUCCUCUUCUGCUGGAAAACAUUGCCAAGAACACAGAUGAUGAAACGGAAAAAGAGAACAUUAACCAAGCAGCAGAAUCCUGCCGUAAGAUCCUCAACCAUGUCAAUGAAGAAGUCAAACUCAUGGAGAACCUGCUGAUUUUGAAAGACUACCAGCGCCGGCUGGACACCUCAGGACUGAAACCGAGCAAUGACCUCUACAGUGAGUACAAGAACAUUGAUCUGACCAGCAGAAGGAUGCUGUUUGAAGGACCUCUGACAUGGAGGGUGACCAAGGAGAAAGCGAUCGAUGUGCACUGUAUUUUGCUGUCAGACCUGCUGGUCUUGGUUCAGAAGCAGGAUGAUAAGAUGGUUUUGAAGUGUCAGAGCAAAAGCAACAUCGCCGUUCAGGAAGGCAAACAGAUGCUGAGUCCAAUCAUCAAGCUAGAAUCGGUUUUUCUCAGAGACGUGGCCACUGACCCGAAGGCCCUCUAUGUCAUCUUCACCUGGGACAGCGGAGCACAGAUCUAUGAACUAGUGGCUCAGACCCUCGGGGAGAAGAAAAAUUGGACAGUGGUGAUUAAAUCAACGGUUGACGAGUUGAAGAAGAGGGGUGGGAAUAAGCUGAAAAGAGAGAGAGGUGGCAGCAUGCCCAUGAGCGUCAGUGGAGCUGCAUACAGCCCUUUGCAUGCCCCUCUUAGCCCAACUGAGAAUGGAGAAAACCUGUUGAAAAGUCACGGUGGCCGAUUUAAAGACAUUCUUACUGAUGAGAAGAGUAGAGAAACGGGUUCUUCACUCAUAGACUACCUAGCGGCCAAUGGUUUUGACCUGCUCAGCCAUAGCCACGCUCCUCCAGAGAAGUCUGCUAUUGGUGCUUUGGAUGAAGUCAUGUGUUUGAAGAGGCUAUUGAUCGGGAGUAUUAGUCUUUCAGAUGACUCUCAGACUCUUGGGGAAAAUGGAGGGACGGCACCUGAAAGCCAGGAGGCAGAUGGAGUGGAGGAAUCCAGCACAGAAGGAAAAACUGAAGGAGAAGAGAGUGGGGGAGAUGGAGGGAAUAAAGGAGAAGAGGAAAGCAGGAUCAGCGCUCCUCUAGUGCUUUCUCAGGAACGCUUGGAGGAGGUGCAGAGGAGACUGCAGACGCUUGGGGAGCAGCUGAAGAGACUGCAGGCUGUCGAGGAGGACCAUUACAAGUUGCAAGAAGCUCUUGCUAAAUAUUCACUUCAGGGGGGCCAUUACAACUGAGAAGCAUCACAACCUGCUGUUACAAGAUCACUGUAUGUGCUGGACUCGAGACUUGCUUUCGAGGGAUUCGCUGAUUGACUAAUUCUUCCUGAAUGUUCCUGCUCUAUCUCUUCUAUCUUCUCAACUGUCCUUUCAGAAGAUGUCAGCAGGCCUCCAGCACUUUCCAUGCCACUGAGAAAUGAAAUGAAGUGGGUGUUGUGAAAUUAUAGUGAUCCUUAACCUUGAAUGAGUGCGUAUGUGUUUCUGUUGAGAGGUAUGAGAGACAGUCUUGCCAAAAGAUGCCAAAGAAAUGUGCAACACCUAGAGAGAUUCCAGAGCGAAAUGCUACAAGUGCAUGUGAGAGCACUGUUACACACAAACAUGCGUGCGCACACACACACACACACAAACACACACACACAACGAUAAACCUGUCUAAGCAUGUCAAAAGUAAUUUAGUACCAAAAGACUAUCUAUAUUCAUAGAAAAGUAUAGUUGCAUCUUUGUCUGUUUCUCAGAGUGUACUUUAGUCAGGUUUUCUAUAAGGGUCAUUUAGACAGAAUAUGUACCCUUUCAUUUUUUUAUUACCCAUUUCAAGAUGUUCACGCAUCCUAAUAAUUAUUACCACACUAUAUUACAUGUAUUUUCAAAAAUAAUAGAUAUUCAAAAGGAGAUAUGUCGAUUUUUAGCAGAGUAUUGAGCUGUUGUAGCAUGCAUUGCAGUAAAAUGGAGAGUAAAAACAUGGAUUUAAAUUUUUCUUUUUAAAUUUGUUUUAAUUUGUCUUCUUACCAGAAGUUCUGCUGUUGCUCUGUGAGUAAGAAAAGAAGUGCUAAGUAGGAUAGAUCAACAGAUGGAUGAGCAGAGGAAGUAGAGAGAACGUUUGAGGAAGGUGGGCUUGCUUUGUGAUGCCUAACCCCUCUGAAGUGAAAUCUAGGUGAGCACUGAUGUCAAGAAAUGACGUCAGGGUUUGACAUCGUGGGUGUGAGGAAAUAUGCACAUAUUAAAUAGCAUUUUGAAUGACCAGUCCAGCUUGCAGGAACAUCUACACGUCGGUGCCGUUAUAACGUGAAGCAUGCACAGUGUAUAGCGUUCUCUAACCCGGAUGUUGCAGAUGGUACUCUGGUAGGUCGGCCCAGAUCGUAUGAUAAUCAUUACACAUUGCCUAUUUUUGUGCACUAUGCAAAUUCUGUUUCUGUGUCUGUAAAACGCAUUGGCCAUUUCAGAUAAUUCCGUUUUUUCUACCUUUUAUGUUCUACAGUACAGUUAGCAAAAUUAUAGUUUUUUUCUGUAAUUGCUUGUCAUUGUUAUUCAGUUUAUUUCAGGGAGUAGUUUUCUUUGUAAGCACGACCAAAGAAAUGAUAGUGGAACAAAGUUUAGAUAUGAAAACACAUUUGCCUUGCAUGGGAAGGUCAGUUGUCAAUUGGAAUAACUUACUGAGUGUUGGCCUUAGCUGCUGGAUCAACCCACAAAAAGGUGAAGUUGAUGGAUUGGUUUAUAAUCCUGUUUAAGACAGAAGGAAAUCAUUUGGUUCAGAACUGAAUUGCAGUAUGAGUAAUAGAGAAGUAUCUUGAUUCUCAUUAUCAGUCCAUUUUUUUUUCUCUCCUGCUCUCCUUAUCGAAUUAUGAAACCAGACCACAGACAAUCAGGCACUUGCAGGGGUUUAAAAUGAUGUUAUAUCUCAGAGUUCAGAGACCGGAACACAAACUGUAGGUUUUUUUCACCAGUACUGUAAUUAUUUUCAUGUAUUCAUGAUGCUACUGCAACAGGUCUUUCUACCCUCGACUGACUUCCAAAUUUAUGCAGCUUAUUUUACCUUAUUUGUUACAUAAUGUGAUUUAUAUUCAUUUUUAAGUUGUAAUUGUGUUGAUAAUAUUGAUUUCUGUAAGGCCUUGGUCCCUUUUCCUGCUGUUUUCCCAGCUGAUUUCCUUCACAAAAUGGUUUACCAGAACAAUUUGCCAGAAGUCUUGCAUUCUGGCCAGCAGUGUUGGUCCUAGUAACUGUCAGAAAGACCUUUUGUUCAUUUUCGUUUCUUUGUCAUUAUAGAAGUAGCAAAUGAAAUGGUUUAAAGUUUGCUUUCAAGUUCACUUUCCUUUAGUCCUUUUGCACAUUUUGUUUUCAUUCUCGAUUGCUUGAAUGGGUGGUUUAUUAAUUUCCUUUGAUUAUGUUCUUUUGGUUUUCUUACAAAAUUAUGUAAUUAGCAUACUAUGCAUUGCUUGUUAUAAAAGAAGGACUGAGAGAGACAAAGUACACCCUUAACCAGAACAACUAUAAAAGGCUUCACUGAAUUUCACUUUUGUCAAGAGUUUUAUUUUUUAUGUGGAACUAACCACAGUUUAGAUUCGAUUAGAAAGUGUGUUUGAAAUUGAGCUUUCAACUCUUGAUAAUUGAUAAGACAGGGUUUUGGGUGUGGUGUCAUUCUCUCUCAUUCCUUAAACUUUUCAUAUGUAUCUGUCACAUAUAUGUAUACAUAGUGACAUAGCUGUAUGUUAAAAUCUAUUUAUAGGGUGCCUUGUGCAGAUUGGGUUUGUUUUCAUUUCUAAAGGGCUCUUUUAGUCCAGCUGACAGGCACGGGCAUACAGUACUUGCCUUCUCCUCAUUUAGCAAUGUUCAGUGUUAAAUAUUAAUCUGAUAUUUUGCUCCAGACCUGCCAAGUUAUAGCAGUUCCACUCAGUGCUUAGUACUGAGUGCUCUUUGUUGAUCUUUUAAACCAUCUUUUAUGUAAUUCUGUACAGGAGUCCACUCAUUACAGGCAUUCCAUUGCUGUCUGUCUAUAUAAAUGAUUAUGCAAGGACUAUUCUGUGUAUUUGGGCUUUGAUUUUAUAUGUAAGAUACAUAAGAAAAUGUUAGGUACUUUUUUAAAUUGUUUUUUUCUUUUCUUUUUCUUUUUUAAAUAAAUGAUCAAAAAUGA